AUGAAAUGCCCGUCAUGUCAGCAAUUCGGCACCGAAACAGGAUUGACACAAGAACGACUCACCUGUGCCACAUGCAGCACUCCUCAGACAGUGGGUAUGACGGUUAUCCUUCUCAAAAGUGUCUAUCCCAGCGAUCAAGUCAUCAACCACACCCACAGGCUUGGGGUCCCAAUCAAACCCGACGCCUUCAUCAUCAUCGGCGUCUAA